AUGAAAGCAUUGAAUGUAACUAAGUGUUCUACGAAAAAAAGUAGUGAAUUUGUUCAAAGGCAUAUACUGAAUGGAUUGAUUGUUCAUCCUGAGUUACCUGAUUGGCAUUGGCAUCAGUAUAAGUCCGUCCAUAAAAAGGCGUAUGCGACACCUCAUCACGAACUAGAGGCUCUAACGAAAUGGCUUGACAAUCUAUACUUAGUGGCUCAACACAACCGUGACUUUUUGCUGGGAAAACAGUCGUACUCACUGCAUCUUAACUUAUUUGGAGAUCUGGAUGUAAAGGAGUAUUUCGACAAAUUUUUGAAAUUAUUUCGCACGAUCCCGCUCUUCGAUCCUGCAGAAGAUAGGCACAAGACUGCAUACCGCAACAGUUUACAUAAUGCUGUACCUAAAUCUUUUGAUUGGCGAAGUAAAGGCUUCAAACCUAAAUUGGAACAGCAGCAUGAGUGUGGCGCAUGCUACGCAUUUGCUGUUGCCCACGCGCUGCAAGCCCAGCUCUAUAGGCGGCACGGGUUUUGGGGAGAACUUAGUCCUCAGCAGAUUAUAGACUGUAGCUCCAAGGAUGGUAACGCGGGUUGUGAUGGAGGCUCGCUGCGCGGUGCGCUCCGGUAUGCCGCUAGAGAGGGUCUGAUCACAGAGUCACAAUACCCGUAUGUUGGGAAGGACAGUACGUGUAAAUACAAUAAGUUCCUCGUAAGAGUCCGUGCUCGGAGAUGGGCGACACUACCCUAUGGAGAUGAGGAGGCGGUGGAACGCGCCCUAGCUACUGUCGGACCUCUAGCCGUGGCUGUCAACGCUGCACCGUUUACCUUCCAACUUUACAGGAGCGGCAUCUACGAUGACCUAUUCUGCACAUCCUGGCAACUGAACCAUGCGAUGCUACUGGUGGGUUAUACGCCGGACUACUGGAUCCUUCUCAACUGGUGGGGCAAGAACUGGGGAGAGAACGGAUAUAUGAGGAUCCGAAGAGGUUUGAACAGAUGUGGUGUCACAAACUUGGCGACUUAUGUGGAGUUAUGA